AUGACUUAUACGGAAGAAGAUGAAGGAGAUCUUCAGACUGCAGCUUAUAUGUUUGCUGGACUAGCUAUGAUGCUUAAUAUUAGGCUUUCAUACAGUGCUGCUCCAUAUGCCUUGUUGAGGUUCAAACUUCCUGAGAAUCUUUUCAGUGUAUUUGUUAGGACUACUUCGAGUGCUUUGGAACUUUGGUGUAUUCCAAGCAUGGCCAUAGGUAACAUAAUGGAACAAGUAUACAAUUACAAUUAUAUGGAAGAAGACAAGAAGAAGAGUAAUGCUACUGAGGUCAAAAAGUAUGGAUGGAUUGUAGUUCCUUCAAUCGUUACUAAUUGGUUAAACUUUCUCACAUUUGUAAUUCUCCUAAUAUUUUUCGUUACUGGUGGUGAUAACGGUCAUGUUACUGGUUAUUACUGGAUUAUGGCCAUAUCUGGCUUUGUGUUUGGGAUUAAUAUGGUCCUGGUAUAUGCUGUAGAUUAUAGAUAUCUUGCAUUCUAUAUGGCAGGUGAAAAUUCAUUUCCAAUGGUCACCUCUGCAAUACUCUACUUUGCUACAUCUAUAUUUGGUAACAGGAGGAAAUAUAACUCUGACUACCUUGUUGUUCUAAUUGACAUCUCAAUUGCGAUUCUAAUAGCAUUUGUAGCUUCUGUGUUGUGGACAUUGGCGUUCUACUUCUAUAAGACUCCACUGGGUGGUGCUGGGGAUCCUGACUGGACAGUUGCAUCUCCAAUUGCUAUGGUUAUUGUCGGUAUGGGACUUGUCUACUCUAUUUAUCCUGGAAUUGCCCCUGGUAUGAUUGUACCAUUUUAUCUCAUUGAUAAGAUUGAGAUGGUACUUCUAGUAGCAACAGCUGUCCCACCAAUCAUAAUUGCAUUCCUUAGGAAAUACAAACCAAACUGGUCUCCUCAAACCCAGUUCCUCCUAUAUAACUAUAGGUUCGGUGGAUGGACAGAAUACAACGACCACAAAGAGAAAGAACAAGGAGACCCAUCAAAAGGAUACGUAAAAGAUAAUGAUGCCCUUGUUCAUGCUUGGAUUUGGCACUUCUUUGAUAUACUGAUUCCACUCCAGAUCUGUCUAGCUAUUAUAUUCAUCUACUCCCUUCAUUAUAGAGACUCUCAUAUAUCAAGAUCCAUCAUUAAUCAACCAAAGAUGUCCACAUUUCUAACCAUAAUAUUUUAUAUGUGUCAUGAGAUUCUAUUAGCUUUGGGGUUUCCUGGUAUGGUUGGUAACAACGGAGCUGGAGGUAAAGUAUUGCUACCAGUUCAGUAUGUUGGUGCUCUUUUGAUGGUGUUUUUAGCAUUCUAUAGCAUAGGUUAUAUAACAGAAUAUAAGCGGCACGACCCUUCCCAGUGGCCAACCGAGGGCAUGACAAAGUGGAAUGCCCUGUGUUACUGGUUAAAGAUGGCGAGCAAAAUUACAAAUAAAAAUUUCAAACAAUUGUUUACAACUGAUUUACGUAGAGAUCUAAAUGUUUCUAAGAAUAAUAUGGUAAAUACUAUAGUAUAUUACACAUUGUUGAAUUGA